GCUGGAAAAUCAGACGUGGGCGUCACAUGAUGAAGAAAUGUCCUGAAGGCGAGUUUGAAAAGAGCCUAACCCCAAAUGCAGCCUGUCACCUGAGCUCAUUAAUGAAAGUUCCAGUUUCAGCUCCAUGCUGCUACUUCACUGUCUGCAUGUUUCUGGAUCGACCGACCGACCGACUCACCGACUCACUGACUGACUGACGCUGGGUGGCAGGGUGGCAGUCGACGGCUACUCUGAACUCCCUCUGGGGUGAUAGGAAGCGCUGGACCGUAAAAAGUGAAAGGACCUUCGUGUAAAAAAAAAAGCAGCAAGCGGCGGGGCAACCUUCCGUUACAGCCAGACAAACACCGGCAGAGACUGAGGGAGGCUCUGGGUCUAGCUUUCAGGACACAGCCAUGGCGAACAUCGCGGUCCAAAGGAUCAAGCGGGAGUUCAAAGAAGUUCUCAAAAGCGAAGAGACAAGUAAAAACCAAAUUAAAGUAGAUUUGGUGGACGAGAACUUCACAGAGUUGAGGGGUGAGAUAGCAGGACCUCCAGAUACACCGUACGAAGGUGGAAGGUAUCAGCUUGAAAUAAAAAUCCCAGAAACCUAUCCCUUUAACCCGCCAAAGGUGCGCUUCAUCACUAAGAUCUGGCAUCCUAACAUCAGUUCUGUGACAGGAGCAAUAUGUCUGGACAUUUUAAAAGACCAGUGGGCAGCUGCUAUGACCCUGCGGACGGUGCUGUUGUCUCUACAGGCUCUUCUCGCUGCAGCAGAACCAGACGAUCCACAGGAUGCAGUAGUCGCAAACCAGUAUAAGCAGAACCCAGAAAUGUUCAAACAGACUGCGAGGCUGUGGUCUCACGUCUACGCGGGCGCUCCCGUCUCCAGCCCCGACUACACGCGUAAAAUAGACAAACUCUGUGCCAUGGGCUUCGAUAAGAAUGCAGUAAUAGCGGCCUUGUCUUCUAAAUCCUGGGAUGUGGAAACGGCGACAGAGCUGCUCCUCAGCAACUGAAGCACGCGGCGGCCUGGUGUGAGGAUCCAAAACAAAACAAAACAAAAAAAAACAAACCCUUCCCCAUCAUUAAAUCAUCAGCCCCUCCCCGGUACCAUUCCACCGUUCUGCCUUUUCGCCACACAGACGACACCCCCGGUCCAUCACGGUGCUCUGAACCCUCUUUUAUAACCAAUUAGUUUGCUACAAACUCCACACCUGUAGCGCCACAGUUGCCAAUAUGCACACCACCCUGUUGCCUGUCUUCAUCCCAUCUAUCCAUUAGCUCUUCUCUUCUGCUAAUUCAAAACGUGUCCCCCUGCCCCCCCCUCCCCCCAACCACCACCAAAAAAACAUCCUCGUCAUGCAUCUCGUCUUCCACGCCCCUUUAAGUAUAUCGGCUUUUUUUUUUUUUUUUUCACCAGUUUGUGUUCCUUAUCAAGUAACUGCCUGGUGGAUUGUCCGUGGUAAAAUGUGAGGGGGGGAAUCCUUCGUACUGCUCUCACACUACGUCACUGUUGAUUCCUUUUCGGCAGCUCGUGUGUCAGAUACUGUCCCACAGACUCUCAGUACUGUAAAAAAAAAAAAAAAGCGUGCUGGAUUAACUUUACUUGACUGGAUAGUGCUGUGCAAGAACAUUGUACUGGGGGGUUUCUUCCUGAAUAGUUUAUCAUAGAUGCUUCAAAAAAUCCACUGCAAGUGUUUGUAUUUUUCUUUCUGUGUGUAAAGAU